GAUAUUCUACAAUUCUCUUCUUAUAGUUUUGCUUCGAUUUUGUAGGGGGUGGGGCUUAUGUUUGUCUCUCUCCUCCCCAACCCCCAAGACGGGGCUGAACCCCACCUCUGGGCGCUGCAGGGAGAGGCUUCCCAGGAAAUUCGGUGGCUGAGAGAGGGGUGGCUGCUUCCAGGAGGGGGAGCAAGGCAGGGAAGACGGGAGGAGGAACCGAAAGGGGCCACAGAGGCGAGCUCUAAGGCGCCUUUUUAAGCUGGGAGGAGAGGUUUAAGCCAGGGGGCUGGGAAAGAGAGGAUGGGGUGUCUGAGCUUUGGGGCGCUGGUAGAAGCUGGUUGCUACGGCCUCUGUGGGUUUGUGCCCCUCCCCCUCCCACCACCCCUCCCUUGUUCCGGCCUCCCCCGGUUGCCCCCAUGCAGCUCUCUUGCCCGGUGCGAGUUUCCAGUAUCGUAUCAGUGGUUUCCCGGCAGCGUUGGCACGAGGGGCGGUGGUACUAAGGGACGUCCUGGUCUCUGGAGGGCCUGGAAUCUCCGCAGAGGCCAGCGAGGGUGAGGAGGUGGCUAGAGAGACACAGAAAGAACAAUUCACAGAGAAAUACUCAUUAUCUCCCUUCGGAGACAUUUCUGAAAUUAAAGGGCUAUGGGUGGAGGCACCCAAAUAAAGGGAGAGCCCCCCAGGAAGCCUUCCUGAGAAUGCCAGGUCUUUCGCCACUCCCGCAGGAGGGAGCCUCGCUCUGCAGGGAGACAAUUUUGUGGUUUUUAAUGCGGUAGGUUACAGCGUGUUGGUUUCUGUGCAAUAUUGAUUCUAAUAUUUGUGUCUAUUGGUAUGAGGUGUGUGGAUUUCGGUGCAGGAGAAAAGUGUGCAUCUGAUAUGGAAACAUUUCAAACUUUCCUGGAUCUAAAUGUGGUGAUUGUGAAGGAGCUGUUUAGCAUGUUGUUGUUUUAGGCUUGUAAAUAAGAAAAAAGAGAGAAAAAACAAUUAAAAGAAAAUCCCAUUAGGGGACCUGAAUGUAUCCAGACUGGAAAGCUGCCUGGCACUGAGCUCAGACACCUAGUCCUGUCCCUCCGGCGCCUGAUUCAUUCCCCAGCCAGGCCUCCUGGGGGGUGGGGGAGAAGAACCUUUGGGCGGGAGGCUGAGAUUCCUAAAGUAGCUGGUGGGGUGGAAGAAGGUGUAAGCUGCUAGGUGAGGACUUAAAAAUAGAGUGAGAGGGCUUCUGGGGAAGCUGUGAGUCUAGAGAUAAGUGUAUUUGGGCGCCAAGGGCAGGAGAGACUGUGAUUUAGUUUGGUUUGAAGGAAUAGGUAAUUGCUUUCCUCUUUUUAAAGACCAGAUGCAGAGCAUUCAGCCUCGGGCCUCUGUCUGCCUAGGGAUUAUGGGGUCUGGGCGUGUGUAGAGGGAUCCUGGACGUCUGUCUUGAGCUGGGAAGAGAGAGACGCAGCCACUUGUGGCGUGGAAGGGGGGCCCCUGGAGGCACAGGUAGCUGCCCUCGAAGCAGGCCCGGAAUGGGUGCCUGAAGCGCGCCGAGGGCGGCGCGUACCCCCGCCCUCGGCUGUGUAUCGAGAGAAGUUCUCGGUCAGCACCCACGGCACUCAGAGCCUAUUCUCAAAACGAAAAAUUUCGCAAACCCACCCAGACUAAAGGUCUUUUUCUCCUGUAGUCUUGGCGGGGCAUAAAUCAUCCCUUUGACAGUUUGCUCUGACCCAAAUUAUGCGGUUUGCUGCCAUCUACCGUCCGUUUGGAGACAUGCGGCUUUGGCUCCGCAAGCCCCGCGACACUGCCUGAACCCGGAGGCCCCGCCGCUCGUGUUCGGCGGGAUUCUGGGGGCUUCGGCCCAGAUUGUUGCUUUCUGCUGGAUCUUGGUUCUCGCCUGCCCGCGUGUGGAUUCAAGAACAAAUGUUCUCUCCCCCUUGGCAGCCGCAUCCCAGAGCCAAACCUAGCGGCUGGCUGGGGGAAGCGGCUUUUUCUAGGGUAUAUUUUAAAAGGACUAAUGCUGCAUCCCGCGGGCAGGCAGGGGGCCCUGAAUCAAAGGGUUGAGGGGAAAUCAGAAUGAGAGCCCUCUCCCCUCUACCCCAUCAAAGCGCAAGAGGGGAUCACCAGGGCCGCUAGGGAGAUACCAGGCCAAGACUGCUCAAGGUUUAUUUGGUUUUCUUUUCGGCCAAGGGUGGGGGCCAGCAGGGGAGGCGCCGAACCCGGCAGUUCCACUCGGUUGUCAAAAGACAAACCGGGUCUGUGUUCUCCGUGUUGGCUAGUGGGUCUUGCCAGUUUCUUGGCCGGUGAGUCUGUGGUGAAGGAAUUGAGCUGAGUUUUCGGGAAACUAUGGUGUAAGCAAGUGAGUGUGAGUCCCCUUCCCCAUUCCCGAUCGUUUCAGGCGAAAUCGACACAGAUAUGCUUUGGGGAAAAAAUGGGGAGUGGGAGUGGGGAUCAAUCAUUAAGGAACCAAGCCAUUGUAAUUUCCGUUCCUGCCGGACCCCUCACACCCGCUUAAGCCGACUGCUUUCCCAGAAGGGGGUGGCGAGGGCGGGGGUACGCGCCGCUGCCGCCGCCUUUGAAUAUUGGCCCCUGUCUCACGGGUUACUGAUUAGCUCGGGCUUUCAAGCUGCAGGAGGAAGCUCUGGUCGCUCCUUUCAAGGUGCUGUGGCCCCAGUUCCUGGGCGGGGGCUCCAGGAAAUUGCCUGCGGUGCCAGGCAGGCCGAGGUGUUACUAGGGUCUGGCUCGGAGUUGGAGGAGCUGCCGAGGUCGAGGGGCCCAGCGGUACUGGGAGCAAAUGCGGGGGCUGCGACCCCUCUAGGCUUCGGUGCCCCGAGAGUCUGGGCAGCAGGAGCAGUCCUUUCAGCUUUUCAGCAGAGAAUGAUUUUCUGGCGGCUAGAAGGCCAGCCCAGUGCGAGAGGCCCCAGGGGAGCACGCCUGAAAAGUCUUGGGCCCCUCGGAGGUUUUUUCUUCAGGCAAGCGAAGGACAGGUAGGGAGGGGAAGGCGGCUGGUACAGAGGGAUGAAACACUUCAGAGCUCUUAUGGUGCUGGUGCUGGUGGACCCAGGGAGAGGGAACAGAGCGCCACUGCUUCCCGGAACAGAGACGAUGUCGUUCAUUUGCAUAAUGGAAAUGAUGCUUUUGUGCCGCGAGUUGGACCAGCCAAUUUUAAGGCAAUGUCCCUACUAAACAGCUCUCAAAGGUUGGGAGUGGCCACACUGCUCCCCUGGGAACAUUAAUGUUCCCCAAACCCAGAGAAACACACAGAAUCCAGGGGAAGAACUAGGUUGAGAUGUUUUAAUUCACCCCACCCCAGCCAGGGUUGAGAGUGGGGUGGGGGAAGGUGUCCACAGCCCAAAGAGCUGGGUGUGGGGGGGGGGAGCUUGGCAGAUGAGAGGAAAUAGAAAGCCUGGACAAUGUCUCAAUCCCCCCUCCCCUACACAUACCUACUGGCAAAUACCCUCCCUGAGGUUACCGGUAAAGGAGACUUUUACUUCCAAAUUGAACACAACUUAGACAUUUUCCUGGGAGCUGGAAUGUGUGUACCUCCACAAGACCACAGAUUCACAGCUCAGAAAAUUACAACUAUAAAUCCUGCCUGUGGGGUUUCUAGACAAUCCUCCUGUGCGUACUCCAGACUUGGUACAUAUUUAUAUCCACCUCUCCAUAUACACACUUUCUCCUUGAGCAGGGAGAGACACCCCGAACCAGCUGGUGGCUGUGCCUGCUGUGCAUUUACAUAUUUCCCCUUGAAGACAGAUCGACAACGGCAGUGGAUCGAACCACAGACAUAUUCUUAGAGAUCUGGCUCCAGAAACCAGGCGGCCUCUGGCUCAGCCCUGCCUGCCUGCUCUUUCUCCCAAACAAACGGAUCAGACGAAUAAACGCUCAUAAAUACCUCUGGGCUUAGAUAAGAGCGAUGAGGCGCUAUUUCCUUUCAUGCUGGACUCCAGGCGCCCAGGCCCUGCUUUUGCGGCUCCAUCUCAUGACAGGCAACCUGCAGAGGUGAGGUUAAUUUGGGGGUAUAGCUCUAAGGAUAAGGAGAUUAUUUCAUGCUUCUAUCACAGGGAAAAUCUUCCUCCCUCAUUGGAUCUUGUGUCAUCCAGGCUUCACAGGAAAGCCCACACCUUUCAGUCUUAGUAUGAAGACAUUGUGGCCAGAGAGGAGGCAGGGUGGGCUGAGGCCUAAGGCCCGGCCUCCGUGGCAAGGAGGAGGGAGAUACACAAGGCUCUCUCCCACCUUGCUCCUCCUGCCCAAAAGUUUCCUGUUCCUCUGUAGAAGUGGGCCUAAUCACAGCUAGAUUGGAUCACUUGUGACUCCAUUAUUAGGAAGCUUGAGUUUAUUUUCUUAAAUCUCGACAAAAUCCCGAUAGAGUCAGGGUAGGAAGUAGUUGAUGGGGCAACCAGGAAUAGCCACUUAGCCAUGAAGGUACAGCCCAGAAGUUGUCCUAAGCUCAGGGAGCUUUGUAAGCCAUUUUGCAAGCAACCAAGUUCCCACCCUUGGUCACCAACCUCAGCCCUCUACCACUUUUCCUAGUGUCUUGUGCCAUCUUCAGUGGGCAGAACUGGCCCACAAAAAGGAGCCCAGAGAACAAAUCAGAGGAGGGUCAGCCUAGCCCUUUCAUCAUCAGAUUUUGUCCCACACCCUGGCCUUUUCUUUGUUCCAGGUCUAAAGGUUGUCACCCUUUACUGCCUGGCCUCCAUGUGCACAUUAUAAUGUUAAAACCACACUGUGACUCAGGCUUCCAGCCUGGCUCUAAUACUCAUUUUCCUUAGAUGAAGGAGAAAGAGAAUGUCGGAGAUGCACACCGUCUCUUGCACCAAAGCUUGUAGACAGCAAGCUGGUGAUACAAACACGAGUUAUAGGAGGGGUUGCAGAGAUGCUGAGAGACAGACAGAAGGGUGGCAAGUAUCUGGAGAGGGGAUGCAGAAUGAUACGUUGUAAGCUGCCUACUGAGACCUCAGGAGGCCCCCCCCAUAAAACUGAACAAAACUCAAGUCUUGAGAAAGAAUUAAUUUUAAAAAGAACUGCCAGCUUCUAGAGAGACCUGAAAAGGAGUGAGGGCCCCCUCUCUUCCCUGUGUUCUCUGAUUGCCUCCUAUAUCAGGAGGGUUUGAGGACCUAGAACUGGAGAGGGAAAAAUUUCUUCCCUGUACCCAGACUUACUGAAACAUCUUUGAUUCCUAAGAUUCUGUCACCCAGCGUAUUCUAAUGUCUUUUGGGGAAGGAGGUGGGAUGGAGUGAGGGUUGCAGGCAAGAUAGGGGUCAGACAAACUUAGGCUGGGGGAUGUCUCUCCCCCUACUCUCCCUAUCCCCAAGUGAAGAGAGGACUAGUCCCUCUUCCCAGUGCCCCCUUCCUGUGCCAAGACCAAGCAGUACAUACUAGAACCAGGUAAGACGUCUUGUGCAGCAGUGGCCGUAGCCUUCCCAGAAGCUCCUGGCCUAGCCGCACAGCUAGUGAGAGAAGCUUGGGCUCAGACCCUCCUCCCAAUUCUCGGCCUUCUGGGUCUUCUGGGCUGCCCCUCAGACCAUAAGAGUUGGUGGAGAAGCAGAAAUAAUAAACCCAGGCUUGGAGGAGACACAGUAGAUCUGAGAAACAGGAAAAACGGUUUUCAAAACCCGAGGAGAGGGUUUCAUCUUCUUCGCGUCUCUUUCUGAAAACGAUGCUAAUCAGCGGAGAACUCAUCUCUCCUCUAUCAACACAAAACCCGAGAAACAAGCCUUCUCCUUUAGUUCUCUCCUAAGGAGAUUGAGGUUCGAGAUUUGGAUAUAUUUACCCACCUUCCCUAGAGGGAAGGGGCUCAAGCAACGCAGGGGUUAACUUUUCUGAAAACACAAUUAACUUUUCCCUAUCCUGCAUGGGGAGGGGAGGGAUAUAUUUAAUCACUGGAGGAUGGGGUGGUCUCAAUCGAAGUGCUCCCUCCUCUCGCAAGACGCCUCUUUCGCAGAUCCUACGUAGGUGGAAGGGGAAGCGUUAUGCUGUUGGGGAGAGAGAGAAAGCAGAAGGAGAAGAAGGAGGGGGGAAAAAAGGUUGAUAGGUUUGUGCGCGGGUCCCUCGCGCGGGCUGCGCUCCUCCUGGGUGCUAUUUGACAAUUCCUGCCUCUGCCAUUGGUCAGUGUUGGAUCAGAUGGUUGUAUUUCCUUCUGGCCCUCACUGGCACCUCGCCAUCCCCCCUCAGCUAAAACCCAAUCUCAGAUAUACUACUAAUAGGCGCGGCGCUCGGACUAUAAAACACAACAAAUCAUAAACCCGGCGGAGCAGCAGCGGCCGUGCGCGCCUCCCCUCCCAAUGAGUUCCUAUUUCGUGAACUCCACCUUCCCCGUCACUCUGGCCAGCGGGCAGGAGUCCUUCCUGGGCCAGCUCCCGCUCUACUCGUCGGGCUAUGCGGACCCGCUGAGGCACUACCCAGCGCCCUACGGGCCCGGGCCCGCCCAGGCCUCAGCAUCUCCUUUCUGCGUAACAGGUUCCUCCUUUGGGCCCAGCGGCCGGCGAGGCCGCCAGACCUACACGCGCUACCAGACGCUGGAGCUGGAGAAGGAGUUUCACUACAAUCGCUACCUGACGCGGCGGCGGCGCAUUGAGAUCGCGCACGCCCUAUGCCUGACCGAGCGGCAGAUCAAGAUCUGGUUCCAGAACCGGCGCAUGAAGUGGAAAAAGGAGAGCAAACUGCUCAGCGCGUCUCAGCUCAGUGCCGAGGAGGAAGAAGAAAAACCAGCCGAAUGAAGGCGCUGAAAGGGUGGUGGUUGUGGGGGACGCAAAGGGAGAGGCCUCUGGGGAGCCGAGGGCAUCCGAGAGCCUCGAGAAGGCUCUGCGGGCGGGGGAGCCUGGGGAAUUGCUCUCCUGAGCCCAACAGGCGGGGCCCAGCGCUCUCCCGGACCCCCGCCCGCAGAUCUGUCGCUGGGUGCUGGGAGGCCAUGCUGCCUGAGCCCACCCAGCACCCCAGCGCCCCCUCCAUCCCUGCGGAACCGCCUCAGCCCGAACAGGCUCCCCUGUGAGAACUGAGGACCGGACUCACUUGAUGUUUCCUGGAAGCAGAGCAGAAUGCUCUUGUCCGUGUCGCGUCUCAUUUCUUCCAUGUCCCCGGUGCACGGUUCAAUGGUAGAUUCGCAGUUUCCUCAGCGGGGGGGCUCGAAGACUCCCUGACCCCAGACCUCUCCCAUUCCCUCCCCAAAGCCACUGGAAGGAGCACAUACUACCUAGAAGUAAGAAGAGGAGCCUCAGAAGAAAACAAAGUUCUAUUUUAUUAAUUUUCUAUGUGUUGUGUUUGUAGUCUUGUCUUAGUUCUGGACGUGAAAUACUUCGGUAAUAAUAUUAAUAUUAUUAAUAAUGAUAAUAAUAAUAAUAAAGAUGUAAAAACUC